CUCCUUGCGCGCAUCGAGCGCAUGGAAAGAAGAGUGCAGCUGGUAAAGAAGGACACCGAGAGAGAAAAACACAGGAUUUUCCAGGGCUUCGAGGUGGACGAGAAGGCCGAAGCAGAGGCGUGUGAGAAACUGCCGCUGGAAUGCCCGCAGGAACUGCUGGAGCCCUCGCAAACCCUGCAGCCCAAGCACUUCCCCUACGGCCGGAAUGGGAAGGGGCAUAAAAGGAAGCCGGCGUUUGGGAGCGCAGAGAGGAAAACGCCCGUUAAGAAAUUGGUGUCUGAGUUCUCAAAGGUGAAGGGUAAAACUCUGAAGCACUCUCCGGUGAAAGAGGAGUCGAGCGGUUCUUUGUCUGAAACUGUUUGCAAACGAGAACUGCGGAGCCAAGAGACUCCAGAAAAAAACAGGUCGCUGCUGGAGACCCCGCUCAGACCCUCCGCCCCACUGAAGGGCCCCAGCAGCCACCCCAAGGAAAAGGGCUUCUUCAGCGAGAUAGACGACCUGCCCUACCUUUCCACCACGGAAAUGUACUUGUGUCGCUGGCAUCAGCCGCCCCCGUCACCGUUGCCGUUACGAGAGCCCUCCCCAAAGAAGGAGGAGACUGUAGCAAUUCCAUCUUGGAGGGACCAUGUUGUGGAGCCCCUGCGAGACCCCAACCCCUCAGACAUCCUGGAGAACCUCGAUGACAGCGUGUUUUCCAAACGGCAUGCAAAACUGGAGCUGGAUGAAAAACGAAGGAAAAGAUGGGACAUCCAAAGGAUCAGGGAACAAAGAAUUUUACAGCGACUGCAGCUCAGAAUGUAUAAAAGGAAAGGAAUUCAGGAGUCGGAGCCUGAAGUUACCUCAUUUUUCCCUGAGCCAGAUGAUGUGGAAAGCUUGCUGAUCACCCCCUACCUGCCUGUCGUUGCCUUUGGCCGCCCCUUACCCAAACUGACCCCACAGAACUUCGAGCUGCCCUGGCUGGAUGAGCGCAGCCGCUGCCGGCUGGAGGUGCAGAAGAAGCAGACCCCCCACCGGACCUGCAGGAAGUAGCAGCGCAGCGGAGCCGGGAGCUCUACUCGUCCCCGCUGCCUGUGCUUUGAGCUGGGGUUUCUCUCCCAUUUGUGUUCCUCCCUCCUCGACAGCCCUGCGUGCAGCAGUGGGGUGGGAGCCUCCUGUGGGUCCCAGCGGGUCUCGGUGUCUGUGGCAGGCAGGGACCGGUCCUUGCCUGUGCUCCUUGGGGAAGGGCUGCGGCGGCGCUGGCCCUGCUCUGGUGUUGGGUCAGGAAACAGCGCUGAACAGCUGCCUGAGGCUGAAGCUUCCGUCAGCCACCGCCUUCGUGUUGUUCCUGUUAAGUGGCUGUAACGUGGCGGGAGGAGAGUUUAAAAAGGAAACGAAAACAAACUUUUUUUUCCCCUCGUGUGUGAAAUAGAAAUCCUCAACGCACAACGUUGGUUCUUUUUUAAUUUAAGCCUUCUGAGGGCGGCAGCGACCCGACUCCCCUCACGCUGUGCCAGGAGGAGCCUCGUCCUGUGCCAGGCUGUUCCUCCGGCGCAGGGCUGGAGGAGGGCGCUGCUCGCUGCUCCCCACGGCUGAGCGGCAGGAAACGGGGAACAAACGUUAAUUAAACAAAUCGCCCCGCCCUGCCGUGCGCCUGCGGCCUGGGCCCGCCCCGGAGCCCACCCCGUGUGCCUGGGUCGCUGUGUAAAUACCCCCGGUGCUGACUCAAUGGAAACAUUUUGUCUGUUUGUU